AUGCGGUCAUGUGACCAAAGGUCGCGUCUGCCCGUCGUCCCAGCUCAUUUCAGAUUGAUUCGCUGCAAUAUGGCUUCGCUUGCAAUAACUAGGCUGAGCGCAAGAAAACAGAGGAGGACCAAUCGUACCAAAUCACGGACAUCACAACGCAAAAACUUGGGAAAUGUCCAAGAUAUUCUGGAACCUAGCUUUACCGAGGAGUUCUCAAAUACCAGUGCAAGGCAACCUUAUGUGGCUCGUUACCAUCUUCGAAAACGAGAAACUGGUGAACCUACAGAAUCAUCAUCAGCAGCUGUUCAUGUUCCAGUUAAAAGAAGAAAACAAGGCAAAAUCACAUGCAUUCCGGAAAUAAGUACUUCAGGGAAGGAAUAUUUACAAGAUAAACUUCCGGAUGAAGUGAUGCUGAAAAUUUUCAGUUUCUUAUUAGAGUUUGACUUGUGUAGAGCUGCUCAAGUUUGCAAACGAUUCCGUACCAUUAGUAAUGACAGUGAAUUGUGGAGGAUACUUUAUAAAGAUGUGUUUGAAUAUGAGAAACCACUCUUACACCCUGAUGCCAAAAGCUUCUAUUUUGUAUCUCCAGAAGAGCAGGAAAACCAAAACUCUUGGAAAGAAAGUUUCCGCCAUUUAUAUCAUGGAAUUCAUGUACGCCCUGGCUAUUUACAUUUCUAUAAUCCUAAAAGAAAACGUCUGAAGGGAAGAAGCAUUUUGUGUGUUGAUACUAUUGAGAAAGCAUUUUCUUAUGUUGACCAAGUAAAUCCUUUGAUAUUUCUUCACUCUGGCAUUUACCAGGGAGAAUACCUUGCUAUUGAGAGCAAUAUAUCUGUGAUUGGAGCUGCUCCUGGGAAUGUGAUAGAUCAUGUUAUUAUUGAACGCCAAGCAAAAUCUACAGUGUUUUCUCCUGAUAGUAGCUCAUCUGUUCCUCAUCACAAACACUAUGCGCUUGAAGUUCAAGACAACUGUUCACCUACCAUUGAUCACUGUCGAAUUAAGAGUACAUCAGUGGUUGGUGCUGCUGUCUGUGUCUCAGGUAUGGGUGCUGACCCUCAUCUCAAACAAUGUAUUAUUAAGGACUGUGAGAAUGUGGGACUAUAUGUCACGGAUCAUGCACAGGGUACCUAUGAAGAUAAUGAAAUUUGUGGAAAUGCUUUGGCAGGGAUCUGGGUAAAAAAUCAUGCCAAUCCAGUGAUGAGACGGAAUCACAUCCACCAUGGCAGAGAUGUAGGCAUAUUCACUUUUGAUAAUGGAUUAGGAUUCUUUGAGAGUAAUGAUAUCCAUAACAACCGUAUUGCUGGAUUUGAGGUGAAAGCUGGAGCCAACCCAACUGUUAUGCGGUGUGAAAUCCAUCAUGGUCAAACAGGUGGAAUAUAUGUCCACGAAAACGGUCGGGGACAAAAAAAUGAAAUAUUCAAUGGUCAUCAAGGUGGUGUCUACAUAUUUGGAGAGGGAAGAGGUUUGAUAGAAUAUAAUGAUAUUUAUGGGAAUGCCUUAGCAGGGAUUCAAAUACGAACAAAUAGUAACCCAAUAGUACGGCAUAAUAAAAUCCACCAUGGCCAACAUGGAGGUAUUUAUGUGCAUGAAAAAGGUCAGGGUUUAAUUGAAGAAAAUGAAGUGUAUUCAAAUACAUUGGCAGGUGUGUGGAUUACAACUGGUAGUCAGCCAAUACUUCGCAAAAAUAGGAUCCAUAGUGGAAAACAGGUCGGAGUCUAUUUCUAUGAUAAUGGGCAUGGAGUCCUUGAAGACAAUGAUAUUUUCAAUCACUUAUAUUCAGGAGUUCAGAUAAGGACUGGGAGCAAUCCUUUAAUCCGGCUGAACAAAAUAUGGGGUGGCCAAAAUGGCGGCAUCCUUGUGUACAAUAGUGGACUUGCUGGUCUUGAAAUUACUAACAACGCAACAGCUACUUUGGAGGAAAACAAAAUAUUUAAUAAUAAAUUUGGUGGUCUCUGUCUUGCAAGUGGAGUCAAACCCAUUUUGAAAGAUAAUAUCAUCACAGGCAAUCAUAAUAUGGUGGAAAAAACUGUUGAUUCUGGUCAAUGUCUCUAUAAAAUUUCUAGCUACACAAGUUUUCCUAUGCAUGAUUUCUACAGAUGUCGGACAUGCAACACAACAGAUCGUAAUGCGAUUUGUGUAAACUGUAUAAAGAACUGCCAUGCUGGGCAUGAGGUGGAGUUCAUUCGCCAUGACCGCUUUUUUUGUGAUUGUGGAGCAGGGACUCUUAACAAUCAAUGCAAAUUACAGGGUGAGCCGACUCAGGAUACAGAUACACUCUAUGACUCUGCAGCUCCUAUGGAAUCUCACACACUAAGAGUCAAUUAA